AUGUCUUCUGAAUCUUUAGAAGGUGUAAAAUCACCCGCACAAAGUGUUGGUCCUGAUUACCGCCCCGAGAAACCUGUUGCAACUGUUUCAACUCCAGUCUCCUUCGAGAAUGUUCACACGUUACCUCAAACCCCGCAGCUUAUUGCUCUUCUCACCAUGAUCCGAGACAAGAAUACGCAGCGAGCCGAUUUCAUAUUUUACUCGAACCGAAUCAUUCGUUUACUGGUUGAGGAAGGUCUCAAUCACUUACCAGUGGUAGAGCACACGAUCACUACCCCAGUUGGUCGUACAUAUGCAGGAGUCCAAUUUCAAGGAAAAAUAUGUGGUGUUUCCAUUAUGAGAGCUGGUGAAGCUAUGGAGCAGGGACUACGGGAUUGCUGUCGUUCCGUGCGAAUUGGCAAAAUACUGAUACAAAGAGAUGAAGAAACUUCAUUGCCUAAGCUCUUCUACGAUAAACUUCCAGAAGAUAUUGCGCAACGCUGGGUAUUGCUUCUUGAUCCAAUGUUCGCUACAGGGGGAUCUGCAUCGAUGGCAGUAGACGUUUUGAUUUCUCGAGGAGUUCCAGCAGAAAGAAUUCUGUUCCUGAACUUAAUAGCAAGCCCAGAAGGCAUCGAGUCCUUCGCUAAGAAGUACCAGAAGGUUAGAGUGGUAACAGCAUUUAUUGACCAGGGUCUCGACGAAAAGAAUUAUAUUGUCCCUGGUCUUGGUGACUUUGGUGACAGAUUCUAUACUAUGUAG